AUGGUUACUGGCGAAGACUGGGGCACUUGGUCCCCAGUCCACACUCUACCUAAGAAGAUCAAGGAUCUUAACCCGGGUCAUACAACCUGGUUCAGUCAGACUGCUCAACCUGCGGAAGGCAAAGGAUACGAUGCUUGCUAUGACAUUUUCAUCGACUCAACCUACGCUCCCACUAAUCGUAACGGCAAAUAUGAGGUGAUGAUCUGGGUUGGUCACCGGGCUCCUAACAGUCCUCUCUCUGACCACUACGACUCAAAUGGUGCAGUGCCUUGGGCACGGAAUGUGAAUAUUGGCGGCAAGCCGUGGGAUGUUUACUUGUAUCAUUGGCCCACCGGUGACUUAACCAUGUCAUACGUCGACCCAAGUAACUCAGGUUGGUUCUCGGGUAGUUUGACGCCAUUCUUCGAGCAUGGUAUUGCCAAUGGCUGGUAUAGCUCAGAAGAUUACUUGACUAGUGUUAUGGCAGGGUGGGAAUUUGGCCCUGGAAAGUAUACGGCUACUUCAUGGGGAGCGGUUGGAUUCUGA